UCUACCGAAGUUGACGUAUGACUAGCUCAGUAAGGACAACACCAUCAGAAUUGAUAACCAGAUUGUAGAUGAAAUAAAAAAGUGCGUUUAAGCAUCGAUUUGUUUACGUGUCAAGAUGAACAUAUUUUAUUACAGAAUAAUUGUUGUUGUGUGCAUUAUCUUCCAGAUGCCAGAUAGAAAAAAGACAAGAAUUAACAAUCAGCGGUUGGAUGAGGAUUAAUUGGAAAGAUGAACUUAUUCCAUGGAAUGCGUCUGAGUAUGGUGACAUCAAUGAAGUCUUUAUGCAAGCUGGGACUCUGUGGCAGCCGGACAUUACACUCUUCAACAAUGUUGAUAGUGAUUUUGAACGUUACAAAAAAGGUCUGUAUCUCAAAAUAUUAUCCGACGGAACAGUCACUAAGGCCGCACCCGCGAUUCUCACAAGUUUCUGUCGAAUGGACGUCCGGUACUUUCCGUUCGAUGAGCAGCACUGCAACUUAAAAUUUGGAUCAUGGUUGUACCACGGCUGGCAACUUGAUAUUAAUUUUCCUGGUGGUAGUCAUGACGAGCAGACGGAAUUUGACGAGAAUGGCGUCUGGGAUCUUGCGUCCGUCCUCGGUAAAAAGCAGGUUUCAAUAUACAACUGUUGUCCCGAGCCCUUCCCAUCAUUGCAUUACACACUAAUUCUAAAACGACGACCAGAAUUCUUCAUGGGUAAUAUUUUGAUCCCGUGCGUGCUUCUAUCAUUUGUCACGAUGCUCGUUUUCUAUUUACCGCCAGAAUGCGACGGGAAGAUUUCGUUUGCAAUCACUAACCUGCUUGCGAUUAUUCUAUUCCAGCAGCUCAUCGCCGAAACGUUACCCCCAAGUGCCGAUAAUUCGCCGCUACUUAGUCGGUACUUUACUAUAUUGAUAUGCAUGGGAUCUAUUUCUAUACUAUUUACGGCUUUUGUACUAAACGUGUUCAACAAGAAUGGAGGAGUAAGAGCACCCAGGUGGUUGCGCGUACUGAUGCUGCGAAAAGUCGCUCGUAUAGUCUUCUAUACGCCACGAGCUGUAUCAGCGAGGAGAAACAACUGCGAAUCAGACGGAAAACAUAAGAAAAGCUGCAUGUAUGAAAAUGGCAUGUGCACAAAGAUGGAUGUCGUUAGGUCGGCGGUUAAUCAAAACAAUAAGAAACUUGAAGUCCCUGGUAACUGCAAUGGUCACGUGUUCCGAGAAACAAACAUCUUUGAAGGAAGCGAUAAACCAGACAACAAUCCACAAGCAAGUCACACUUGUCGCAUCGUUAAUAAAGAGUUGGAGGAUAUUUUAAAAGAAUUAAAAGGAAUUACAAAACGGAUGAAAGACGAUGAAGAAGAGACGAUGAUAUUAAUGGAAUGGAAAGAUAUUGGCGCGAUUCUUGAUCGUAUUUUUCUUCUGAUGGCACUGACAGUAGCAAUAGUAGCAACAUUAGUUAUCAUAGUAAUUCGAUUGACAAUAAAUGGUCAUGAAACACGUGAACAUCACGAACACUAGCCUGUUUGUGCAGUGAUGAUAAUAUCAUUAGGCCAUAGGUGUACUAUUGUAUACAUCGCUGAGUGGUUUUCAAUAUAUUUUGUUAUGGCUUGAUUAUAGUACACACCGAUAACCCAAUCAAUCAUUGGCAAAUACAACAAAAUGCGUUUG